AUGAAGAAUCAUCAGCCUGCACAUGAUGAUGUUGAUGAUGCUGAUGAUGCGGAUGAUACUGAUGAUGUGGAUGAUGAUGUUGUUGCUGAUGAUGUUGAGCCUGAGCAAGAUCAGCAGCUCGAAUUCUCCGAAGGACCGGUGGUGACAUAUGUGUUGACACAAUAUGAACACCACGUGGCUCGGAGGAUAUGGGAAGGAGAGGAUCCUGGGUUGUUAAAGGUUAUUACUCAUGGAUUGAAGCUGAAGAAGUUUUCUAAAGUUCCAAUGCUAGAUCCUGUAUUGCAUUGGAUUCGGGAAUCUGGCCUGCUACCUCUCUCUUCAGCUUAUCUCAUUAUGGCUGAUGUUGGUCUCAUAUCUGCCUUUGUUGAAAGGUGGCAUAGAGAUAUCAGCUCAUUUCACAUGCCAUUUGGAGAGAUGACAAUCACAUUGGACGACGUGGCGACUCUUCUUCAUAUCUCACCUUGUGGUAAAUUUUUUGAUGCACAUGUAAAUAUGAAUACUGAUAAUGCUGUCAGAGCUACCUAUGAUUGUCUCAUUCAGACUAACCAGUUUGAGUGUGCGGCUAGAACGUACCUGUUGCAUUUAGUUGGUUGCACUAUUUUCGCUGAUAAAACACAUGCUCGUGUGGAGGCGAAAUAUGUUAGUUUGUUUAUUGAGUUAGAUAGUUGUCGGGACUAUUCGUGGACUAUUGCGGCAUUGGCUUUCCUAUAUGACAAUCUGGGAAAUGGAGUUGUCGACGACACUCGACAGUUGGGAGGUUACAUGACCCUAUUACAGUGCUGGAUUUACGAGCAUUUCCCUAACAUUUGUAAGCGGGGCGAUAGAGGAGCGGUUCCUGCACAUCUUCCAAGAGCAUGUAGGUGGACUGCGAAACAUGCUGUUGAAGACGGAUUAAUGACAUAUCAUCGGAGACUUGAUGCUUUGUUGCUCGAUGAUAUUUUUAUGUUCUCCGGAUACCUUCGAUUUGGUGGAGCCUCAGUCCCGUAUCUGCCAGAGCGAUGUCUUCGACAGUUUGGUCGUAUUCAGUGCAUUCCGCGUGACGUUCCUCGGGUGCCGAACAGUAUAGAUUGGGAGUGA